UUUAAAGAUGGCAUAGUUUUCGUUCCUGCUGAACGUUGUUUUUUUUUUACUUAAAAUCUUUCUUUUCAAUAACAGAUAAUUUAGAUAAUAAUUUAAAUAAGUAAACUACUUCGAUCGCUUAGCAAUCAACUCUGAUUUCAUUACAUACUUAUGUUACUGAUGCUGUUUUAAGCAUGUAGCGCAGAAAAUAUAUAAAUGAUCAAUAGCUAAUAGAAAUGUGAAUAUAAAAUGCAUGCCGAAUUGUGGAUUACAAUGUUGAUGAAGACUUGUGUAUACAUUUCUUGGAUAGGAUUAUUUUAUAUUCAAGAAAUCAAAGCGUGCCAACCAGCGGAGGAAAAAAACUUAUGGAAAUUAUCCAAGAAUUUAAAUAUUAUUCUGAAAUCAGAAAACCAGAGGUUUAAAUUGUACUUAAACGAUCAAUUUGUAUCGGAUUGUUACGUUAAUCACUAUUGCUUAAUCACCCCGAAAUCAAAGUGGUUUAACAGCUCAAUAACACACAACAACAAUGUGUUGACUUUUGACUUGAACAUAUCUAAUGUAACACGAAUUAGGCCUUGGGAUAAUGCUGAAGGGACAUGGUUGCUGCAAAUGGUGACUUUAAAUGGAAGAAAAGAAGAAAAGACCACUGUGUUUUCGUGUUUAUUGAAAGUAUACACCAAAAUAAGCCAUCUAGAUUGUUUAAUAGAGACGUCAGAAGACCAUUUGCAGUUGCGAUGUAAGACUUACAAGAUCUACCCUACCGCAGUCGGAUUUGUGUCUGUUUCAAUUAACGGGAAACCAAUACAAAAUCUGAAUUUUGAAUGUUCACAUACGCAGCUUCAUGGCAGUCCGGUUUAUUUUGACGCUGAUUGUAAAAUAAAAGUAAAGAUUAACACUGCAGGACAAUAUGUAUUCAAUGUCACACUGUAUCCUAAUGUUACAAACACAGUGAAGGACGUGGUGUUUGGAAAAAGUAUUUCUCACUUUUAUGAUUACGAAAUACUGCCAGAACCAGUUAUUGAAUUAAUAAGAUUAAAUAGUCAAGUCAGGUACAAUUCAAGAAAUUCAAACAAUAUUAAAGUAGAAGAGGGAUUAUACAACAUAAACUGUAUAUUUAAUGCAACAACAUCAGCUGUUAAAUUAGAAUGUUUGCAAACCCAGUUCAGCAUAAACGAUGAAAUGAAAAUAUUAAAUAUAUCAAGAUCGCAAACGAGUAUACGUUGCAAAUGUGAAGCAUCACAUGUACGCCUGCUUUAUGAAAAUUACACCACAAUCAUAAUGAUAAAUGUUUUAUAUGCACCAACGAUAAAGAGUUUCCAGGUGAAUGGUAAAAAUGUAAAAAGUUUGACAGUAAAUACAUUUGAAGCAUUGAACUUUGCCUGUGAAACAAAGGGAAACCCAACACCAGAAGUUAAACUUUAUAAAGAAGACCUAACCACUUUCAUGCUACAAAGUUCAAAAAGCAAAUUUUUGGACUGGAAAAUGAAUAGCGAUUGCAAAGAUACAGGACUUUAUAAAUGUGUUGCCAACUAUACUGAACAUGAGGCUAUCAGCAGUGUGCAAAUAAAUGUAUUAUGUCCCUUUCAAAUGACUUACCCUGAAAAGAAUAAUACGGUUUAUCAUGGGAAAAGGCAAGGCAGACUUAUAAUAAAGAUAGAGGUGUAUGGCUACCCACAACCCCUAAAGUAUUUGCUUUAUAUUAAUGAAACUCGUGUUUUUAUCAUGGAUGUUAAUUUAAAAACUCUGAAUCAAUCUUUGUAUACCAUUGAGUAUGUUGUUACAUUAUCACCACACGGAUGUGUUAUCUUAACCCUGACUGAUAUUCAAGAUUCAGAUUUCACAGAAAUGAAGCUUCACAUUGAUAAUGGAAUUGGGGCAAGCCUUGUAUAUAUGUUUACUAUUAAAGCAGAUAGUAUUUUCGAAUCAUUUCUAAAAGUAAUUAUUGAAAUAGGUGUUGGUUCAGUGUCCUUGCUUGUUUUUCUAGUAUUUGGUAUCUGGAUUUUCAAAUAUAUAACGUCAUACGAUUUGCUGAAGAAAAGCAAAGAUAUAGGAAUGAAAAGAGAUUUUGCAGUAGCAGAAGAAGAUAACAUUUACAUUGAUGCCAUUGACCCAUAUGAACUUAUUAAUGAGUACGAAGUUGUUGAAUAA